GAGGGGGCUUUAGUUCAAGAGGUGAUAAUAAUGGUGAUGAUAGUACUGAACAAGGAGGGUUUGGCAGUGGUGGAUUUGGUUCCUCAGGCGACGGUGACAGACCCAAGCGUGGGGGGUUUGGUGGUGGUGGAGGGAGGGGAGGAUUUGGUGGAUCCAGAGGCGGAUUUGGAGGCGGUGGUGGCACUGAUGGAGAAAGACCCCCAAGGGGUGGAGGGUUUGGAAGUUCAAACGGAGAAAAAAAAUCUGGAGAUGGCUGUUUCAAAUGCGGAGAAUCCGGACAUUUUUCCAGGGAAUGUCCUAAUGGUGGAGGUUCCAACGGAGAAAAGAAAUCAGCUGGAAGUUCCAACAGAGAAAAGAAAUCAGGAGAUGGCUGUUUCAAAUGCGGAGAAUCCGGACAUUUUUCCAGGGAAUGUCCUAAUGCUGGGGGUGGUGGUCGAAAGGAUGGCAACUCUGGCGGUGAUGGUAUCACAUUAGACAAAGACCGACCUCCCCCAUAUGUGCCCCCAGCUCCAUCUGAGGAUGAAGAGGAAAUAUUCAAAUCCAUGACCAAAGGGAUCAACUUUGACAACUUCGACAAGAUUCCAGCAGAAGUCACUGGGAAGGAUCCCCCAGCUGCUAUAAACAGCUUCGAGGAGGCUGGUCUGUAUGAUGCAUUCCUUCAAAACGUUCGCAAAUCCAAGUAUGAGAAACCAACGCCAGUACAGAAACAUGCAAUACCUAUAAUAAUGGCUGGUAGAGACCUAAUGGCCUGCGCACAAACUGGUUCGGGGAAAACGGCUGCAUUCCUGUUGCCAACACUGACAGGGAUGAUGAAGAAUGGCCUGACAGGAAGUUCCUUCUCUGCUGUGCAGGAGCCCCAGGCCCUGGUGGUGGCCCCUACUAGGGAGCUGGCCGUUCAGAUCUGCAGGGAUGCAUACAAGUUUGCCCACGGCACCAUGCUGAAGGCUGUGGUGCUCUAUGGAGGCACCUCUAUCGGGCAUCAGCUGAGGCAGGUGGAGAAAGGCUGCCACCUGCUGGUAGGAACCCCCGGACGACUCAUUGACAUGUUUACGAAAGGAAAGGUGAGCCUAGAAAAAAUAAAGUACUUGAUUCUCGAUGAGGCAGAUCGUAUGCUAGACAUGGGUUUUGGCCCAGAAAUUAGAAAGAUCAUUGAAACAUUUGGCAUGCCUGGAAAGGACCAGCGACAGACCCUGAUGUUCAGCGCGACAUUCCCGGAGGAGAUUCAGAAAUUGGCUGCUGAGUAUCUCAACGACUAUCUGUUCUUGUCCAUUGGAAUGGUGGGCGGUGCCAGCUCCGAUGUCUCACAACAUAUAUUUGAAGUGGAUCGCAUGGCCAAACGUGAAAAGCUGGUGGAAAUACUGUCAGAAGAAGGAACAAGCAAAACUUUGGUGUUCGUGGAACAGAAACGUAAUGCUGAUUUCUUGGCAGCCUAUCUGUCACAGACAGGAUUCCCUACUACUAGUAUACAUGGUGAUCGUCUGCAGCAGGAGCGUGAAGAGGCUCUAGCGGACUUCAAGCUCGGAAAAGCGUACAUCCUGGUGGCCACGUCGGUGGCUGCACGUGGGCUGGACAUCCCUGCCGUGAAACACGUCAUCAACUACGACCUGCCAUCAGCCAUUGACGAGUACGUUCACAGGAUCGGUAGGACCGGACGCUGUGGUAACCUGGGAAAGGCCACAUCGUUCUAUGAUCCUUCUUCAGAUUCGGGAAUGGCAAAGGCUUUGGUGAAAAUUCUGAAACAGGCGUGUCAGGUGAUUCCUGACUGGCUGGACAACUAUGCCCAGGGAGCCAUCAGCACUGCAGGCUAUGUGCCCAUGAACAGCAAGUUUGGUGGCAAGGACAUAAGGAAGAAUGUACCAAGGACUCGCACAGAGGUUGAGACAUCAAGCUUUGGAGGUGGGUUUGGAGGCGGAUUCAACACUGGCAUUGGCGGUGGAGGUAGUUCAGCCUUCGAUGCUGGCGAUGAGGAGAGCUGGGACUAACCACCCAAUCUCCUGGUCGUUAUGAAGUAGUGCCAUGUAAAACUAUCAAACUGUAACUGCUGCUUCGUGUUGCAGAGCAGUCAUCCGUGUUGCAGAGCAGUCAUAUGUACAUAGUGUUUACAAAAUUGAAUGAAAGACUACCCCUGUUACAUGUGCUUUUUUUAGAACACUGUAAAUACAGUUGUACUGUUAUGUUGUUUUUUUUUCUCAUGAGAUUGGCAGGCAUGGACUGAAUAUUUCUGAAGAAGUUUACUGCAGGUUUGCUUUGUAUUAGCUGAAUAUUCACAGGGAAUAUGUAAAUGUUGACAAUGACGGCAUGAAAUAGUUCUACAAUGAAGAAGUGAAAAAGUGCAAAAGCCAUCUGCGAGUGAUGUGAGACAAUAUAAGACUGAUCACACUUUGUGUGUAACAUUAAAGUUGUGCAUGAUCCUGAAGGCAGUUCGAGCAGCUUGUAAGGUGGAGGCAGUAGGCAAAGAUUGGUCACAAAAUGGCUAGAAUGUCCAGUCCCCUUAAAGUGCACUAUAGGUGAUGUUUCAUGUCAUGACUUAAGCCUGAGUAAAGCUGCUAAUCUCAAUAUUGGUUGAGAUCUGCUGAUGGGAUCAAAUUUAUAAGGGAAAUCCAUAAAGACACCAUAAAGACAUGGAUGUUACACACAAUGUUGGUUUACAUACACAAAGCAAACCUAUUUUGUAAGUUUUUGACUUAUUCUUCAAGUCUAGUGGGCAUUAUUAUCUAGUCAGAAUACACAUUGCAUAGGCCAGUAUAUCUUAUUGCAACCGGUGGAAGUUUCCAUAGUAAAGUAAGACUUUAGUAAACCACCGGCAUUAGUGGUUGGGUCUUACAAACAAGGAUUCAAAUGAAAAAUACACAGUAAUGCAAUAAAUGUUGGUUGUAAGAAAUCUGUCAGAUGUGGGCUUAAAAAAGCUGAGGUCAUAUUGAGGUGUAUAAAGAUUUGUCCAGAUGCAAGUUUAACAGAAAAUGUGGUCAAACGGCUUUACAACAUUCUUGGUACAUUACGUUGUACAAAGCGCUGUUCUGAAAGCAGAUUAAAUAACAAAGAUAAAGUCAAAUACAAGUUUGACAAAGCAUGUGUCUAAUGUGAGUUAUAAACCCUUGUCAACUGGUUUUACAAGCCUCGAGACAAAUGUGAGUUUCACAGAAGCAGAUAAAAUGCAGUAAACUUACAAUCACUUGGUCUCACCAGACCUGGCCUCAUGUGCAAUACAACAUCUACCACCACAUUUAAAUGUACUCGUCACCCAUCAAUCAUGCCUACCCAGUCUUUCAAUUCGUUUGAUCUCUGUGAUAAAACGAUGCCACCUCGCUGUGUUCACGAACUUGCCAGUCUCAGAUGCCAGUGUGUCCAUGCAAUUUACUAAUAUGGACCACAGGCACUGAGAAAACAAAUUUUACUCACUGCCAACUUAUUGUUAUACAUAUUUGUUGUUGAAGUUUUACAGUUUUUUACAUGUUUUGUUUUUUUAUAUUUUUUGGAAUACACAAGUACCAAUUAGGUACUGGGUAUAUGAUUAAAAAGUUUUUUAUA